CAGGUAGGGCCUCGGGGGCCCCUUCUCCCCGCGGCCACCGGAGCCGCAGGGGACCCGGCGGGGAGGAGACGGGCCCGCGCCGCCCUGCCCUGCGCUGCGGGGGAGGUACGAGGCUUCUUCCUGCCCAGCUCAGCGGCUGCCCAGGCCUCUGGCUGCCCAGCGCAGCAGCAUCACCCCCAGGCUGAGCAGCCAGCCCUGAGCCAUGGCGCUGCUCACCCACCUCCUGGCCUGCGCCUUCGGCAUGGGCUCCUGGGUGGCCAUCAACGGGCUGUGGGUUGAGCUGCCACUGCUGGUGAGGGUACUGCCGGAGCAGUGGGACCUGCCCUCCUACAUCACCAUCAUCAUCCAGAUGGCCAAUGUGGGGCCACUCUUUGUCACUCUCAUGUACCGUUUUCGGCCCGGCUUGCUGAAGGAGGUGAUUGUUAUCUACGUGGUUGUGUCUGUGGGUGUCGUGGCCAGCUUGCUCCUGGCCUUCCUCUGGAACUACACAUCUGCCAUCGCUGGGAAAACCUACAGCACUGCCUUCCUGAUCCUCACCUUCUUCCUGGCCCUGGUGGACUGCACCUCCUCUGUCACCUUCCUGCCCUUCAUGAUGCAGCUGCAACCUCAGUACCUCACCACCUUCUUCAUAGGUGAAGGGUUCAGCGGGCUGAUCCCCGCUCUCAUCGCCCUGGGCCAGGGCGCUGGAAUCUCCAUCUGCACCAACAUCACCCGCGAAGUCAACGUCACCAUUGGCAAUGAGACCAUAGAGACCACCAUCUCUGAGAUGGUGACUGACUACCUUCCAGCCAACUUCUCCACCCUUGUCUUCUUCCUUCUCAUGACUGUAAUGAUGCUUGCCUGCUUGCUGGCCUUCUUUUUCCUUGCCAGGCAGCCCAAGGUGUGGGAGCUCUCCCAGCAGCACCUAUUUCCCAGCAACAUCAUUCUGAGCUCGUUUGAGCAGAUCUCUGAUGAGGGAGCUGGCUUGCACCAAAGCAGAGGCUGUCCGUGCCCGAAGAAUGCCAAGGGGCCUGGGGACAUCCCGCCGGAGAAAGUCUACUCCCUGGCCAAGCUCACCUUCAUCUACCUCCUCAUUGCUUGGGUGAGCGCUCUGACGAACGGGGUCCUGCCAUCUGUGCAGUCCUACUCCUGCCUGCCCUACGGCAACACCGCCUACCACCUCGCGACCACACUCAGCUCCAUGGCCAACCCCCUCGCCUGCAUGGUGUCCAUGAUCCUGCCUGGCAGGUCCCUGGCUCUGCUGGGCACCCUCACAAUGGCAGGGACAGGCUUUGGCGCCUACAACAUGGCCGUCGCGGUGAUGAGUCCCUGCCCGAUCCUCCAGCAGUCCCAGUGGGGCGAUGUCACCAUCGUCCUGUCCUGGGUGCUCUUCACCGGGACGCUCUCCUACGUGAAGGUGAUGGCCGGGGUCAUCCUGCGGAGCCGCAGCCACAGCGCGCUGGUGUGGUACGGGGCAGCGGAGCAGGUGGGCUCCCUCCUGGGAGCCCUGGUCAUGUUCCCCCUCGUCAACGUCUACGACUUCUUCACAUCCGCUGACUACUGCAGCCUGCAGUGCCCGGCGUGAGCGGGACGGGCACCCUUGGACAGCCCCUCUUGCCACCACACACCGCCAAACCAGCGGGUGCUGGGUGGCCGGGCAGCAGUGCUGGGAGCGGGGCGGCUGCGGGCUUGUCUCCCCGCUGGGUUGUGCCGGGUCCCCGGGGGGCAGCAGCCCCAUGGCUUUGUCCCCAGCCUGGGCACAGGGUGUCCCCGUUGUGUUCAAAUAGAAGGUGUUUGCUCA